GUUAAUUAGUUACACCAACUUCAAAUCUUCAAAUCUUCCUAAUCAACUCUUCAAUGUUCCACCUUGCAAAUCAUUCGAAAUUGUGCCCACUAAAUAUAUCGGUCAUUCCAGAUCGCCAAAGAAAAAAGAAUAUAAUACAGUCAAAAUGGCUUCCGCAUUCGAAUCCUCCCUGUCGUCGAGCAUGAACGGCCGUCAAACCCUGUCGGCGUCGGCGCCAUCCAUGGCAGACUCUCUACCCAGUAUCAACUUCGGCUUCGACGAACUGCGCGACCGAAUGGCCAAGUUUACCGCAAAAUUCGACGCCUUCAUCGAGCAAGGGCGAAAGCGCGUCCUGGAAGAGCGCAACCAGUUUCGAAUGAACGUUGCCGAACUACAAGAGGACCAGCGCAUGAAGAAGAAAGACAUGGAGAUUCUACAGCACAAGACGAGCACGCACCAACAGAUGAUCUCGAAGGAGUCGGCGGAGACGCGAGAGAUGCAGGCGCUGAUUGCGUCGCUGAGCGCGCAGCGGGACAAGAACAAGGCGGCGCGAGAUGCGCUGCAGCAGCAGAUCGAGGAGACGCAGCGAGAGAUCGACAAGCGACUGGCAGCCCAGCAGGCACACGCGCAGUAUGUGGACGCGCAGGCGCGCUUCAACGUGCCCGAGCUCGACUUCUGGAUGCAGAACCUGUGCCUCAAGAUCGAGGGCGCCGGCCAGUCGGACCGCCUCAAGUUCGUCUUCACCCACCUCGACGAGAAGAACUGGGACCGCGAGGCCUGGUUCGAGCUCUGCAUGUCCUCCCGCGACUACGACGUCCGCCACUGCAGGCCCAAGAUCGAGCGCGAGAAGGUCGACCGCGUGCUCGAGAGGGUCAACGAGACGAGGGAUCUGGCGAUACUGCUGAAGGGUAUGAGAGAGCUUUUCGUGGAGAGUAUGAAGGCAUAAAGAAGAAAAGGGGGGUUUCUAUCACAAUGGCUUUUGUUACGUGUUUACGUGUAUGAGAUCAUGCCGGUCGCAGGCGUUUCGGAGUUUGAUACGACUAACCUAGGAACUACCGCCUACAUAAUAGUAGGAUAUAGUUGUUCUGGGUAUGAUUGAGCUACUUGGUCACUUAUCAAGUUGAAGCAUGGAAGGUUAGGGGUUAGGCCACCAAUGAUGUUGGAUUCUGUUUCUGAAAUACGUAGCUCUGGAUACCUACAGUACUAGGCAUCCAGCUCAGUCGCUUCUGAAUGAGUAUAAAUGUAUCAUCAAUUAAUGCUACA